AAGGAGUGAAGUGGAUACAAUUGGAUGCUUGUAAUUGAGCAGCUCAGAGAUUGAUGCUUCUCUAAUUUGUGGUUUUUCAUUGCUUAUAUAUCUGGGAGCAAUGGGAAAACUCAGUUUUGGCAAGAUGCUCGAUUGUUUAUAUCUGCCUUCAGGCUCUUGCUCUUGUUUCUGCAUGAACACCUUGGAGGAUGAUGAAUUAGAGAAAAAGCCGUUGAUAACAUCUGAAAAAAUCCAGUUGCUGAGAUUGAAAGAUGUCGUUUCUGGCAAUCAGACAUUGGCCUUUCAACUUAAGCCUAAGAUGGUGGUACUAAGGGUUUCCAUGCACUGCCAUGGCUGUGCAAGAAAAGUAGAGAAACACAUUUGCAAGCUGGAAGGUAAGCAAUAUAUUUUCCUUUCCCUUCUGAUUCCACCCCAUUUUCUUCUUCAAAAGAUUCAUUCUUCUAACUCAAACAAAAACCUGCAAUAUGGUUCAUCAGAACUGAUGAACUAUUCCAUUCUUUUAAUGCAAGAAUGUGUAAAUUCCAUUUUUCAAUUAAUUAUUAAAUGAUCUUGAAAGAACCUAAACAAAGUAGCAAACUAACCAAAAACAAAUUAUUCAAAAGCAUUAUAGCCUUUCAUUGACCUUUUAAAUCUUUUCUCUAUCUUCCCCCAACUAUUCCUUUUUAAAUUGUGUUUUAUUAGUUGGUUUAACAAUUUCAGACUUUAGUAACCUAACAGACUAAAAAAUAAAGCAAUAUAUUGGCCAAAAUGCAUAAGGGUCAUCAGUCAUCACAGCUCAUCCCUACAGAGCCACAUUAAAAUGCCAUGUAAUUGCAUUGCUUGUGCUGCAA